AUGAACGACACCUUUGACCCCUUCUGCACUGAUCUGCUGGUGGGUCCAUUGGUAUGGGCUACCUUCAGUGUGCCCGCUGCAUGUGUGGGUGUUCCUGCCAGCAUGUGGCUUCUGUGGGCGCUCAUUCAGAGGCAGCGCAGUCGCUCAUCCAACACCGUCUACAUGCUCAACCUCACCAUCAUGGACUUAGGUUUCAACCUGUUAAUCAUUCCGAAUGUGCUAAAUUACUUGAUCUGGCGUGAUGCCAUCUUUAACAGCGUUGCUGUCUUCUCUUACGCUUUCAAUCUGUGUGGACGGCCUCUGUUUAUGUCCUGUAUCUGUGUGGACUGCUACAUGGCUGUGAUUCACCCCAUCACAUAUAUGCAGAUGAAGGACGGGAUUUACAGGAUCAUCAUCUGUGCAUUGGUCUGGGUUUUCACACUGGUUUAUGGGUAUUUAUUAGGUUUAAAGACAUAUGUCAUCUUAGUCAUAUUAGCCUUCACAGCUCCUGUCAUUGCCUACUGUGAUCUCUCCAUCCUCCACACUCUGAGAAAGCCGGAUCCUUCUAGAAGGAGCGACAUCCACCCACAGAAACAGAGAGCUCUGCAGACCAUCACCAACAGCCUGGUGAUGACCCUAGUAUCCUACCUUCCUUUAAUGAUUCUGAUUGCGGUCCAAAGCCUGAUAGUCUUGAGCCCAACGGAGUUUAUUUGUCAUGUGGCUAUUCCGUGUGUAAUCGCUGCAACAGUUGGAAGCACCAUCAUGCCACUGCUCAACCUGUGGCAGAUGGGGUGUACCAGAAAAGAGUAG